CGCGCGCCCCCGGUAUGAUCCGCGGCGCCUGGAUGUCCCCCCGCGGGGGCGCCGCCGGCGGGGCCGUGUGCUGCGCGCCGCGCCGCAGCGACAAGCCGGUGGCCGACCCCGAGCGGGCGCAGAAAUGGCGCCUGUCGCUCGCCUCGCUCCUCUUUUUCACCGUGCUCCUCUCCGACCAUCUGUGGCUCUGCGCCGGGGCCAAGCUGCGGGCGCGGGAGCGGCCGCGGGGCCGCGGGCCGCGGGCGCUGCUGGAGGCCGAGCCGGCGGGCGGCGGCGGCAGCUGCGAGGCCCUGCUGGGCAACCUGAGCCGCGGCCCCGGCGGGCCCUGCCCCGCCGCCCGCGGGGACCUGGACUCGGCGUGCGCCCGGCUGCUCGCCCCGCAGCGCCCGCGGGCCCCCGGCGCGCCCCUGCGCUCGCCCCCCGCCGCCGCCGCCGCCGCCGCCGCGCCCUUCUUCGCCUCGCCCUCCUCCAAAAGGACCUUCCUGCAGGCUUACUUCAGGAACUUCAACCUCUCCUUUUGUGAUACUUACACGAUCUGGGACCUGCUGCGGGAGAUGGCCGGCCCCGACGGCCUGGACUGCAGCCUGGACAACCUGAUGGUGGACCUGGUGGUGGCGGCGGCCGGGGCGCUGGACGGGGAGGCCUGUAGCAGCUGCGUCCAGGCGUACCAGCGGCUGGACCAACACGCUCAGGAAAAAUACGAGGAGUUCGACCUCUUGCUGGAGAAGUACUUGCAAUCGGAAGAGUACUCGGUCAGAUCCUGCCUGACGGACUGCAAGGCUGUCUACAAGGCGUGGCUGUGCUCCGAGUACUUCAACGUGACCCAGCAGCAGUGCCGGCAGCGGAUCCCAUGCAAGCAAUACUGCCUGGAGGUGCAGACCAGGUGCCCCUUCGUGUUACCGGACAAUGAUGAGCUGAUCUAUGGAGGUUUGCCUGGCUUCAUCUGUACGGGGCUGCUGGAGAACCAGCUGCCCGACGAGGAGGCCAAGUGCUGCGAGGUGCAAUGGGACUCCUGCGAGCACCCCCCAGACAGCAACGAGGACACAUCCCCCAAAUCCACGGCGUCAGAGUCGCUCCAUUUCCACCGCCACGACCCCCACCUCCAUCACCAGAGGCAGAACCACUACCACCUCUACCACCACCACCACCACCAGUACCACCAGUACCACCAGCCUCGCUCCCCGUCCUUGCUGCCGGUCUCUGCGGGGUCUCGCCUCGGCAGCAGCAGGAUCAGACUGUGCGUGCUGGUCCUGAUGCUCCUCCACACCAUGGUGUCCUUCUCGAGCGUGCACGGCGGCGCCGGGGGGCUCAGCCUGGAGGCCCCACCCGCCCUGGAGGAGAGCGUGGCACGGGACGAGUGACACAGAGGGCAGAGCCGACCUCCAAGGAGAACGCCAGAUCUUUUCCCAUAAGGGGGGCACAUGCUAUUCCUCCAAUGGGAGGCACGGGAUUGGGGGUGGCACACACGCACCCCCGCACAUCCCCCAAGAGCUGCUCGUGCGGGGCAUCCCCGUGGUGAAGAGUCUCUAACGCGCACAGGGCUGCAGGACCCGGCGCCAGAAGGGUUCGGGCAGGGCCGGCAUUCCCAGCCCCGCAGGCGCCAGGAGGGCAGGAACGGCACGGGGGCAGGGGGACCGAGGGGAGGGGUCCCUGGGAAUCGAAGGGUGUCCCCAUGGGACUGCCGGGUGUCCCCCGGCCGCUGCCGCGAGUGCCUUGAGUGCCCGCGCCUCCCUCGCCCGCGCCGUGCCAAGGUUUGACGGUCAGCCCAGCCCUCGUUCCUUUUCUCCUGGGUCUGAAUCCCGAGGGAGCAGGCGGAGGGGCAGCACCUCCCGGCACAGCCUGGCCCACUCCUGUCCCAGGGAAAAGCCACUGGGGCUUGGGGCCAAACCACCCUGGUGGGGCACAGUGUCCUCAGCGCGGCACUGCCUUGCUGAUGGCUUUUGGGGACAGGAGUGGGACGCUGUGACACUGCACUGUGGUACCACUUGGGGUUGGUCUCACUGCAUCCCAGCCUGCUCCUCCAGCCUGGCCUUUCCUGCUCCUCUGUGCGAGGACAAGGAGAGGGAGGAGGCGUGGAGUAGGAGGGAUGUCCCCAGCAUUCCCACAUCCGACUUUGCAAAGUGUCCUGAUGAUUUGAUGUAACCUUUUUUGUUGUCCUCCCUGGCUGGUGGGACUGGUCUCAGUGAGGGGUUGGGGAGAUGUGACUCUAGCAGCACACAGGCUGUGAGGGAGAGGGAUCCCACGUGGCAACAGUUGGAUGCAGGGAAUCCCAAAGGCAUCCUUCCAUGCUUCCCAGCUACAAAUCAUUGACUGGAUGGCAGGAAGACUGGGCAAACGGGCUGGAGAAAUCUGGCUUGGAGGGAGAGUCUCCCACACAAAGAGGCACUAAUAAAGCCCAGCUAGGGAGGAGCAUUUUUGUGAAUAGUUUCAAUCCAUGGAUGCCCCCAGAUCCGGAAAUUUCUGGGAGCCCAGCUGGACUUGGCUGGGCAAGGUGCUGGCUGGUGUAGCCUCAUUUGGCUCACUUGGGGUAGUUUUUUAACCUGAGUUCAGCAUAUCCAGGGAUUCAGCCCCAAACAAACAUCAGAUCCGUAGGAUCUGAUCCCCAGGUCAUUUUCUAGGAAACUCCCAAUUCUCCACCCACCCACCAGAACUGUUCCCAGCAUGGACACUGCGAGGUGGUGCCUCCAGGCCAGGCACCAGGGGCUGUAAUUUGUCCUGGGUGUGGGCAGGGAAGGAAAAGAGGGUGUUUUAGCACAAGAUCACGAGUUGGGUGUGAACCCAGUCCCUGCUCCCAGAGGGGCUGGGAUGGUCCCUCUGUUUCCAGGCUGGCUCUCGACAGGAACCUACAGCAGAGCCCUGCAUGGGUCACUGCAGGAGACAGGAAUGGAGCAGGAGGAAUGUCCUGCAUCCCAAAUUGAUCCCAGAUCCCCGUGAGGGUACAAGAAGUCCCAGAGUUGAUGACCUGUAGGAGUUUUGUGGUUUCUGGUCUGUUGAGGUGAAGCAAAACCAAGCAAAGCCCCGUGAGCAGAGCCCCAUGAGCAAAGCUACUUCCUGCCCGGCUGGAAGAAGGAAGUACCAGGCAUCUCAUGGGAAGCACACGUUUCCUGACAUUUCCAGCCCAUUUCCAGACCAAAGAGGCUCUGAGAAGCAGCUGAAUGAUUGAUUCCUGCUUUGACUUGAAUCUCAGAGCUUUGGGGUGUUGUUUACACACCACCAGUUGCCUGUUCCCAAAGUCCUGCAGAGAUGAGGCUUGUGAUCCCAUUGUCCCAUGGUUUUUGGGGUGGUGCUCAUGGAAGAUUGAGAGUGUUUCCCAAGCAGAUUCCCGUUUUUGGGAAUCUGCUCCCUUUUUGGGUGCUACUGCCACCCAAAAAGUAGGAUGUCUCUCAUUUGACUAUUCCUCAUGACAUCUGUGUAAUUUCAGCCUAGUUUACACCAAUCAGAACAGUUGGACAUGGAGCAGUUCUGCGAACCGGGAUCCAAUCCCUUGGUUUUCUGUGAGCAGUGGGUCGUGGAGCUGCUCUGACAAGGAGCAAAAGCUCCCAGGCAGGCCAGGGGAGGGAGCACAGCCCCGUCCCUGCCUCCAGACAGCCGGAUCCCGAAGGAAAUUAGAUUUCUCCCAUACUGCCAAGAGUUAAGCUAAUUCCAGGCGCCUCUCUCGGAGAUAGACUGUGUCCAAUCUUGGAGCGACUCAUCGGGAGAGAGAAGAAUAGCCCAGUGUGGUGCGUCAGCAAGUGGCCCUGAGUCACUGGCCCUGUUCAUUGUGUCAUGUGUGACACUGAGCAGCGCUGGCGGGCGCAGGGUGGCCCAGCCUCAGUCCCUGCACCACAUCCGGAUCCAGCACCACCCUGGGGGAUGUGCAUCCUUGUCCCCGCCCUCACGCCCUUGUGUCUUACUGGUGAUGGAGCGUCAGGCCAGGCUUGGGGGUGGUGAUGGGUGAUGUGGGAUUCCCAGAGAAGCUGUGGAAGUUUCCAAGGCCAGGUUGUACAGGGCUUGGAGCAACCUCGUCCAGUAGGAGAUAUCCCUGCCCAUGGCAGAGGGUAGAAAAGAAUGGGCUUUAAGAUCCUUUCAACUUAAACCAUUCCAUGAUUUCCACAGAGCUGCAGGAGUGAGAUCCACCAGCCCAAGUCAUCUUCAGGGGGUGCCAGCUGGGAUUUGCUGGGAUAACCUGGGAACUGUGAGAAACAGUUUCACCUUCCCUAACACCAGCUGGAGGCUUCCCUCCGGAGUUGAGGAGCACGUGUUGCGUCCCAGUAAAUCAGGAAAUGGAGCCAAUUCAGAACUGGGCUGGUUUGGGUGGCUACUGGGGAGGUUUGAGCCUUAUCCACCGGGAGUGAGGAGGACCCCAGGACAGGAGAUCUAUGUGUUUCCCAGGCCAGGGCUCCCAAGGGGUGUUCCCAAGAGGACGAGAUGCCAGAGAGAGCACAUGGGAUGCGGAUGAUCCGCUCUGGGAGCGUGGGAUGGACUUUACCUGCUACAAGUGGGAGGAAAGUGCUGGGUCUUCCCAGAACGAGGCUUUGGAAGAUCUUUAGCGAGUCUGGGCUGCUGUCAAUAAGUUCUGUGGUUUUAGGGCACCAUAUGCUGCAUUCAACACUUUGCCAAUCUCCUUAAACAGAUCCAGACAAGGCUGUUCCCAGAGCAGGAGCAGCUGGAAGUAGUGUAUGGAGCAGUCCAUCAUCAGGAGCCCAUUGGAUAAAAUUCCUGCCUUUGGUCUGACAUUACAACCUCCUAAUCCUCCAUGCCCAAGUACUCUGGCUUUGCUCUCUGAGAGAACAGCCCAGGAAGCAGACAUUGUCUCACUUAACACCACUGGCAUUAUUUUUAUUACAAAGUGGAGGGAAUGUGCCUGGAAAAGGAGCGAGUAUGCUUGAAUAAAGAAGGAAUGUGCCUAGAUAAGGAGGGGAGGGGCUUCCUUACCCUGUGUGUCCAGGGAUGCUUCACCCCAAGCCCUGUGUCCACCAGAGCAGGGGCCCUUUGCAAUCCCAAAUGAUUUCCACAUUCCCAAAGCCACCUUGGAAAACAUGAGCUCUAAAUGAUUUAUCCUACCAGGAAUUUAAACCCAAGGGGCUUUGUCCUUUUCAUCCAAUGACCUUAUCUCUUCUCCUUAAAGAAGAUGCCCCAUGUUGGGAUUAAUAUGUAAAAUUCAACUUUUCCUUCAGGGGACAAACUUCUCUUUGCUCAGAGAAAAUUCCCAGUGGGAAGCAGUGAUUCCUCCCUGGUGAGAAGGUUUCUUAUCCCCAGGGAAUUGAGGGAUGAUGAUGUCUCCACAAGCUCAAGGUGUGGGCAGAGAGAAGGAGCAAAAGGAGUCGGGUCCAGCGUUAUUCCCGGGUUUUGCACUUUCAUGUAGCUGCCAGUUGUACAAAUUAAUUAAAAAUAACUGAAGAAAAAUCCCAAAGAAAGGCCCCGCUUCCUCUGGGGAACAUUAAUCAUUAGCUGAGUCUUUUUCUUAUGAAAAUACAGACCCAUGGUAGCCCCAGGCAGAAGAUUCCCAGGGAGAGCCCUCACCAUUCGUGCUCGGAGUUAGGGAAAUCGCUUUGAAAGCAUCUGACAACUAAAGCAGAACAUGUUGAGUAACUUGGCAACACUGGGAAAACAUCUGGAACUGGUUUUUCUUCAACACAUUUUGCUUUGCUUCAAGAGGAGAUGUCAGGGCAGUUCAUUCACUGCCACUCAGGGCUGCGGGCGGGGCCGAGAGAUGAUCGGCUGCCGCCUGGAGGAAGAGAAUAAAGGGAAAAUCCCAGAUAUCUGCUGCUCCUGGUCAGGAUCCUGAGAGGCCAGGCCAUGGAGUGUCCCUGUGCUGAGCUCUGCAGGUGCCUUCUGGUCUCUGGAGGCACCGAGCAUGGUGGUUUGCGAUGGGUUGUUAAGAUGCCUGGAAACGCUGUGGCUGCCCCAUCCCUGGGAGUGUGCAAGGCCAGGUUGGAUGGGGCUUGAGCAAGCUGGGAUAGUGGAGUGUCCCUCCACGGCAGGGAGUGAUACUGCGUGAUCUUGAAGGACCCUUCCAACCCAAACCACUCUGGGAUUCCAUGAUUUCCACAAAGCCAAAGGGAGUAAGGUCCCAUAGCCCAGAUUACCCUCAGUUUGUGAUUCAUCCUAAUCCCAUUCCUGCUGCUGUCUGGGAAAGGAAUGCCUGUAGGGCUUGGUGGAGACAAUGUCAGGACAGAAACAUUCCUGGAUUCUGCCAGAAGCUGAUGGGGCAGUGUACUAGUUUGAAAGCAAACCAGCGGGAGAUUCCAAGUCAGAACUACAAUUUAGUAGGAAAAUGAAAGGCAGUAGUACAGAAACAUUGGCUUAGACUGAUAGAGUCAGAAUAGACCUGACAGCCUGUCGGUCAGGGUGGUGGUAGCAGUUCCGAUUAAAUGGUGGCUAUUGGAGUGAUGGAUGUGGUUCUGCUGAAGUGGUGAUCCUGUAGAAAGAUCUGGUCCUUCCCUGGAGGUCCAGUGGUGGUUAUGGAGCUCUUGUCCUCUGGGAGUCCAGUGGCAGUGCUCCUUUGGUGUUCCAGGCUUCAGAUUAUGUCCAGGUAGGAAUGUUUGGUUCUUCCCCUCAGGGUGGGGGAGCUCACAAUGAGAUGAUGUCAUUUUAUGAGUCAUUCUUUGAGACCCUUCCUCAACACGUGUCACUUGCACCUCCUCCUCUUCUUCUGGGCAUCUCCCACAGUGGUGCUGGAUGUUGUGGUGGUUGUGGAAGCAGCGCUUCUUGUUGUACCUUUUUUAAUGCCAGUCACAAAUUCAAUCUUCGUACGUUCUUUCUUGGCCUUGUUCAAUUUGUCCAUCUCGGUCUUCUGGGCUUUAGCUAGUGCCUCAUAAUAUGAAUCCUCUGACCAGCUGUGAGGAUCAAACAUGUCCUUUGGGUAAUUUGUACCAAUUUCAUCGAUGGAACAAAACUGGAUCAGCUUUUCAUAGAUGCUGGGGUUGCGAAAUUCCUUUUUGUUCUGGAUGAUGUAGUUCAUAUCUAUGCCCUCUUUCAUUUUCCACUCAUACAGCUUUUUAAUUUUAUCCUGCAAUUGGUUAGAACAUCUGCCAAGAGGCUCAGGAGGGAUUUUGAUCUCAUCUGGAGACAUGUUCCACACUCUCUCUGAAAAAGAAGCAACCAGCUCGUGAUCUCUUUCCUCCACUUCUCAGAAUUCCUUUGAGUCAGUAACCUCAGGUUUUUCAGUCUGUGAAUUGUUAUCUUCUGGCUGCCUGCUGUUCCCAUCAUUCUCCUCUUCGUACCCUUCCUCAUCCCCAUCCAGGCGGGUGAAGUCACCUUCUCCAUACCCAGCUGACACCAGGCCUCCUUUCUCCCCGGCGGGCGCUCCCGCAUCGCUCCCUGCCUUGCCGGCCUCGCUGUCCCGCUCCAGGUCCGAGUCCUCGGUGUAAACCUCCAGCAAGGAGAGAGCGCUGCGCUUCACCGCCACCAUCUUCCAGGAGUGCCCCACUUUGGGCACCAGAAAUGUUCUAGCUUGAAAGCAAACCAGCGGGAGAUUCCAAGUCAGAACUGCAAUUUAAUAGGAAAAUUAAAGUAAAGGCAGUAGUACAGAAACACUGGCUUAGACUGAUAGAGUCAGAAUAGGCCUGACAGCCUGUCGGUCAGGGUGGUGGUAGCAGUCCGAUUAAAUGGAGAGAUGGAUGUGGUUCUGCUGAAGUGGUGAUCCUGUAGAAAGAUCUGGUCCUUCCCUGGAGGUCCAGUGGUGGUUAUGGAGCUCUUGUCCUCUGGGAGUCCAGUGGCAGUGCUCCUGUGGUUUCCAGGCUCCAGAUUAUAUCCAGGUAGGAAUGUUUGGCUCCUCCCCCUGGGUGGAGCAUCUCACAAUGGGAUUAUAAGAUUCAGUGAGUCAUUCUGUGGGACCCUGAUGGCCCAUUAGUGGAGAUGGCUCCCUGUAGAGUGGCUGGUGCUUCCCUGGAGGGAGUUACCAGGGCUGAGUCAUGGAGGAGAUAAAGAGCACUGCCCCACCUAUCUUUUGGUUACAUCUUGCAUUGUAACCCAAGACAGGCAGGGAAUUCUGUGCUUCCCUGGGGCUUUCCGUCCCUGGGGGUUAAAUCUCUCUUAAGCUAGGCUGGAAAAGUUGGGAAGGGCCAUGUUCAGGUUGGAUGUUAAGGAUCUCCUUCAGCCCAGAAGUUAGCUCAUGGGUAUCCCAGCUGGAGGUACCACCAUCACACAAGCCCCAAAUCAUCCCUUGUCCCACAGAAGGAGCCUGCUCGGAGCUCCUGCAUCACAGCAGCCCUGGAGCUGCACAGCUCCCACCAUGAGUCCGUUUUAUUCCAAGAAUGGAAGGAUUUUAGCAGCUCUUUUUGGGUGUGUUCUUGGUCCAGGUGGUUCUUUAGGUGACCUCCCAGCCCUGCUUGUCUCUGUGAGGAAGGAGGAAGGGAGCAGAGAGACGUUUGUGGUGGGGGAUGGACCAUUUUUAAUGGAGGAUCAUAAAAAAAUAAGGAAUAAUAAAUUUUUAAAGUUGUUGGGGUUUUAUCAAAGCUCUCAGCCCCUCUCAAAGGCCUGGGCAGGAGAUGGGUGAGUUCCUGAGCCCAGUCCCUCCACCCUUCCCUGUUCCACAUCUCCAGGACCUGUGUUCCAGGCAGGCCAGGAGUGGUUUCCAGCCUUUUUAGCACUUCAGGAUGAUUCUUUUUCAGCCCAGAAGGUUGACAGCUCUGCUUGUUGUAAACUGAAACUCGGCAAAAAAACCCCAAGAAUUAGGUUUGGCUUAUGAAAUUUGGGGUUGGUUUUACCAUUUUUAAAUGUAUUUGGGAACUGGACAUGCCUAAGUUGCAAAACAAAAAGACAAAAAGAGCCAGACAGUGAUUUUUUUUUUUAAUUUUGAAACUUGUCAAAACAAGCCAGAUUGAUCAUUAUGACCAAUUUUUUUUUUUUCCAAAUUGAGAAAUGCAUCCAGAACAGUCCUUUCCCACAAAACCUUUCAUUUUCCAAAAAGAAAACGAGGCAAAAAAAAAAAAAAAUUAAUCACACUUUUUCUGCUCACAGAGUUGGAACGGGCAGCAGUAGAUUGGGAGAGAAUAGCAAUUUGUAAGGAAUUCCAACCAGCUCUCCUUAAAAUAGCAUCCAGCCAGUUUCUCCAGGGCAGGAGGCUGGGUGGCUCUGUGGUGGCAACAGGCUGGAGCAAAUCCUGGCUGAGCAGGCUGGGAUAACACCUUGGGAAUGCAGGGACACCUUCCCCGUGGGAAUCAGAGAUGCUGAUGCCUGGGAGGAAUUCCUGGGGAUCCCCAGCCAUCCCUCUGAUGGAGGUUUGAUUUGGUUUUCUGUUCCAACCCAAACUGAAUCCAGCUCCUCUGAGUCUCAUGUUCUGGAUGCCUUCAAAAGGGAGAUGCUCCUGGGGGAGGAAACUGGGAGCAAAUUCCACGUGCUGGUCCUUGAGGGAGCCAACGCCGUGUUCAGGAGGGGUGUGGGAAGGGAGAGCAGGAGGAGACCCCAGCCCCUCGUGCCCUUCUCUCUCUGGAGCGUGUCCGAGCUGGGGCUCCCUGCCUUGCGCUGGGUGUCCCAGGGCCUUGGGGACACCUCUGGGGACCUCGGGGGGACCUGUGGGACCCGACCCCUGCAGUGCCCGGGCUGCUGGUGCCCGAACCCUUCUCAAGUGCUUGUGCCAUGUGGGUGGUGACAGAGCUCGGCCCGACCCCAACGAGGUCCUGUAACAGUGCGUGGUGGUGAAACACAAACCAACAUUGCUGAAGUCAAAGUAUCCUUUCCAAUCCCCCCGGCCCGGUUUCUCUUUCUUUCCAGCUUUUCCUCCUCCGCCUCCUGGACCCUCCCUCUGUUCCCACCCCCCUUCUGUUUCUCUUUCUCCCUUCUGUCAUAAGAAAGUGACUGUGUCCUCGAGGGGACAGUUUUCUUAUGCCAUUUUAUACACUGUGCUUCAUGUUUAGAACUUUUUUGCACUAGUUCCUAUUACAUUUAUUUUCCAAACUGGUUUGACAAAAAACAAACAAAAAAAACCCAACAAAAACACAAUCCCAUGCUAUAAUUCAGUUGUAUUAAAAUAUUAUCCUACUACUCUCUGUGUUCAAUAGUCUCUGUACCUGUAAUGCUUUCAGUUCUGUUGUAUUUUGGGGCCGAGGUUUUCUCUGCUCCUUGUUUAACCCAGUAAAGAAAUAAAAUGUUAAGAAUUGAUGAUAA